UUUUACAAAAAUAGCCACUGCUAAAACCUCUACCUGCGGCUUCCCCUUUCUUCCAGUUCGUGAAAAAGGAGACGUCGCAUCGCACCGCCGUCGUCGCGUUGCCGGUUCACUGAAAAUAUCGUUGAAUCGAGAAAAUGGCUUAUGUUGGGCAAAGUAGAAACGUGAUUCGUCAUGUAGUUACAAGAGGAACAGCUUAUCACAAGUCUGAAAAUGCGAUUCAUCAUCCUCUCCUUUUCGCUUGUCAAGGAGUUAGAUACAGGAAAUUGGAAGUUAUUCUUACAACGGGUAUAGAGAAGCUUGGCAAAGCCGGUGAGACGGUGAAGGUAGCUCCUGGAUACUUCAGGAAUCAUCUUAUGCCCAAACUUCUUGCUGUGCCUAACAUUGACAAGUAUGCUUAUCUCAUCCGAGAGCAACGCAAGAUGUACAAUCAUGAAGAAGAAAAAGAGGAGGUUAAGGUUGUUCAUAAAACUUCUGAAGUCCAGACAAAGGAGUAUGAAAAGGCUGCAAAGCGCCUGGCGAAUGCUAAUUUGGUAUUGAGGAAGUUAGUUGACAAGGAAAAGUUCAAAAACCGCUCCUCAAAAGAUGACAAACCUGAUGUUCAAACUCCUAUCACAAAGGAAGAGAUAGUCUCUGAGGUGGCGAGGCAGCUCUGUGUGAAGAUUGAUCCAGACAAUGUGGUUUUACCGGCGCCUUUGGAAACUUUUGGCGAAUACGAGGUGCCUCUGAAAUUCCCCAAGACAAUUCCUUUGCCACAAGGAACUGUUCAAUGGAUUCUCAAAAUCAAAGUCCGUGGCCAUUAAAAUCUCCACCUUUGGAAGUCUUCCUUCAGUGAUAGUUCUCUUCUCCAAUCUGUUUUAAUUUAGUCUUGGAAUUGCAGAAACAUUGUUAGCAAACACACAUGAGUUCCCUUCACUCUGUUUCUUUUUAGUAGUUGUGUAAACCGGGUUUAGUCCGGUCUUAAAAUUUAAACAGUGAUUCGAAUUUUUGAGCGAAAA